CCUCUCUUUCCCCUCUCAGACCCUUGGAUCCUGACCACAGAACUCAGUUUUGGUGAGGGGAGCCCCUGGUGAGGAGAUGCUGGCAGAGCUGGGGGCCUGCCUAUUGCUGGCAGUGGUACUGCUGGACUCCGGUCCUGGGACCCAAGCCAUGGAAGGUGUCAAGUGCGGGGGUGUGCUCUCAGCGCCAUCUGGGAACUUUUCCAGCCCCAACUUCCCGAGUCUGUACCCCUAUAACACAGAGUGCAGCUGGCUGAUCGUGGUGGCCGAGGGCUCCUCUGUGCUGCUCACCUUCCACGCCUUUGACCUGGAGUACCAUGACACCUGUGGCUUUGACUUCCUGGAGAUCUACAACGGGGCCUCUGGAGACAAGGGCAAUCUGCUGGGCAGGUUCUGCGGCCAGGUGCCCCCGCCGCCCUUCACCUCCUCCUGGCACGUCAUGUCUGUCGUCUUUCACUCAGACAAGCACGUGGCCAGCCGAGGCUUUUCUGCAGGCUACCAGAAAGAUGUGUGUGGCGGUGUCCUGACCGGCCUGUCAGGGGUCCUCAGCAGCCCUGAGUACCCCAACAAUUACCCCAACAAUGUGGAGUGCCACUGGCUGAUCCGCGCCUCGGGACCUGCCGCUGUCAAGUUGGUGUUCGUGGACUUCCAGGUCGAGGGCAGCGACGCAUGCAUGUAUGACUACGUAGCUGUGCUUGGAGCGCCUGGACCCGCCCACGGGCAUCACUACUGUGGCCGCACCAGACCCCCCACCCUGGUGUCCCUGGGCCAUGAGUUGCAGGUGGUCUUCAAGUCUGACUUCAACAUUGGAGGCCGGGGCUUCAAGGCCCACUACUUCUCAGGAGAAUGCCAGGAGGUGUUCACGGCUGUGCGUGGAAACUUCUCCAGCCCACAGUACCCUGGCGCCUACCCCAACAAUAUCCGUUGCCACUGGACCAUCCGCCUGCCCCCUGGCUACCGGGUCAAGGUCUUCAUCCUGGACCUGGGCUUGGAGGAGCCCAAUGGCUUGACCAGAACCUGUGACUUCGACCAUCUGGCAGCCUUUGAUGGAGCCAGUGAGGAGGCACAGCUGCUGGGGAAGUGGUGUGGGCAUCAUCUGCCGCCGCCUGUCACCUCCAGUCACAACCAGCUCCUGCUUCUGCUGCACACUGACCGCAGCACCUCCGGCAGGGGCUUCUCCGUGGCCUACAUCGGAGUGGUGCCCAUGAAUGUGAGCUGUUCUCGCACGGACUUCCAGAUCCUGAUCUCUACCCAGGCACUGGCCCCACUGGAGCGGACCAAGGUCUACCUGGGUAGCCGGAGCUGUGCAGCCCAGGAAGUUGGCAGUAACUUCCGGAUCCAGGCCCGCUUUGACACCUGCGGUACAGAGUCUCAGAGAAGAAAUAACACGUCCGUGAUUGUCAGCGUGUUGUACAUCGACUUCUCUGCUGCUGGGCACGAUGACAUCCACGAGUAUGAGGUGCGCUGUGAGCCGAGACGCAAGCAAGCAUCCGCCCACCUGCUGUCAGGGUCUGAGCUGCUUGGGCCCUACGCUGCCACCGCUGAGCACCUACAGGAGGCCCCACCUGGAGGUGAGGCAGAGGUGCUGGAGGGCCCAGGGACCAUGGUGACCCAGGACACCAGUGAUAUCGUCUUCCUGGGCCUCUGCAUUCUAGCCGGAGUCCUUAUGAUCAUUGCCAUUGUGGUCCUGAUGCUGCUGUGAGCAGGUACAG